AGGUCAAGCUGACAACUGAAAGCAGUUCUCAUCAGAGCGCAAUGAAUUUAAGCCCAGUUUACUGAGUAAAUGUCUGCUAGGCUGUUAUGCUUUGGCAUCACGGAGAGGACCAGGCGACUGUAAUUCCAAUCCAGGGACAUGAACAGUUUCUUCGUCCCAAGGAGGAGGCUCACCCUGCCUGUAGCUGACAACAGACUAAAAGCAGAGGCGAGUAUGACCCCUCCGCGGCGUUCCUCAAAUCCUGCUGACAGGUCAUCUGCAGAGACAACCCAGAAGAACAGCAUCAGUAACAGUGGAGUUAUCCUGGACAUCUCCACGCUGAAGAUGGCUGAUGUGGACUCAGAGGUUCCUCCACUACCUCCACGCUACCGUUUCAGAGACUUGCUGCUGGGAGAUCAGUCUUUUCAGAAUGAUGACAGGGUGCAGGUGGAGUUCUAUGUGAAUGAAAACACUUUUAAAGAGAGGCUGAAGCUCUUCUUCAUCAAAAACCAAAGGUCAAGCCUCAGAAUACGCCUUUUCAACCUCUCUUUGAAGCUGUUAACGUGUCUCCUCUACAUCAUCCGAGUGUCACUGGAUGACCCCACCACUCAAGUCACAUGUGCGCGGAAACACUGCUCAAAUGUCACAGAUGUGCUCUGCAGUAAAAUAUGUGCCAACCAGACAGCAGAUCCCUCCCAGAUCAACUGGGAGUUGAUAUUCUGGGUGAACAGAAAGGUUCCUGUAUGGGCGAUACAGGUGAUAGUGGCCUUAAUUAGCUUCCUGGAAGCAAUGCUCUUGACAUAUCUCAGCUAUAAGGGGAACAUAUGGGAACAAUUAUUCCAAAUCUCCUUCAUCCUCGAGAUGAUCAAUACAGUACCGUUCAUAAUUACAAUCUUUUGGCCCCCAUGGAGGAACAUAUUUGUCCCCGUGUUCCUCAACUGCUGGCUUGCCAAGUCUGCACUGGAGAACAUGAUUAACGAUCUUCAUCGUGCCAUCCAGCGCACCCACUCUGCCAUGUUCAACCAGGUUCUCAUCCUCAUCUGCACCCUGCUGUGCCUGGUCUUCACUGGGGCUUGUGGGAUUCAGCACCUGGAGCGGGCAGGCAAGAACCUGUCCCUGUUUGACUCUCUCUACUUCUGCAUCGUCACGUUCUCCACCGUGGGGUAUGGAGACGUCACCCCGAGAAUCUGGCCCUCACAGCUAUUGGUGGUCAUCAUGAUAUGUGUGGCACUUGUGGUACUGCCGUUGCAGUUUGAGGAGCUAGCAUAUCUGUGGAUGGAAAGGCAGAAGUCUGGUGGGAACUACAGCAGACAUCGUGCUCAGACAGAGAAGCAUGUGGUUCUCUGUGUCAGCUCCCUCAAGAUUGACCUCCUCAUGGACUUCCUCAAUGAGUUUUAUGCUCAUCCCAGACUGCAGGAUUACUACGUGGUCAUCCUCUGCCCCACAGAGAUGGACAUCCAAGUGCGGCGAGUGCUGCAGAUUCCUUUGUGGUCUCAGAGGGUCAUCUAUCUGCAGGGGUCUGCACUGAAGGACCAGGACUUGAUGAGAGCCAAGAUGGACGAUGCAGAGGCGUGCUUCAUUCUCAGCAGCAGAAAUGAAGUGGACCGCACCGCAGCUGACCAUCAGACCAUCCUUAGAGCCUGGGCAGUGAAAGACUUUGCUCCAAAUUGCCCUCUCUACGUCCAAAUCCUCAAACCUGAAAACAAAUUCCAUGUCAAGUUUGCUGAUCAUGUGGUGUGUGAAGAGGAGUUCAAGUACGCCAUGCUGGCUCUGAACUGCGUGUGUCCAGCCACAUCCACCCUGGUGACACUCUUGGUCCACACUUCACGCGGACAGGAGGGCCAGACGUCUCCAGAGCAGUGGCAGAGAACAUACGGCCGCUGCUCAGGUAAUGAGGUCUACCACAUUCGUCUGGCAGACAGCAAGUUCUUCGGGGAGUAUGAUGGAAAGAGUUUUACCUAUGCCUCCUUCCAUGCACAUAAAAAAUAUGGAGUAUGUCUGAUUGGUGUAAAGAGAGAGGACAAUAAAAGCAUCCUGCUCAACCCCGGCCCACGCCACAUCAUGGCCGCCACAGACACCUGCUACUACAUCAACAUCACCAAGGAGGAGAACUCCGCCUUCAUCUUUAAACAGGAGGAGAAGCACAGCAAGGGACUGCCAGUCACAGGCCUGUACGACGCCCCUUCACGCCUGCCUGUGCAGAGCAUCAUAGCCAGUAUGGUCGAUCAGUCUACUUCGUAUGUGUGUCCUACCACAGGCACGGUGGCCAUCGACCUGCAGAACCCAGACCCCCCGGCUGAUAACAGCAAGCUGGCCCUACCCACAGAGAAUGGGGCGGGCAGUCGAAGGCCAAGCAUCGCGCCUGUGCUGGAACUGGCUGACUCCUCUGCCAUCCUGCCCUGUGACCUGCUUAGUGACCCAUCCGAGGAUGAGACCAACCAGUCUGACGAGGAAGGAGUGCCCGCCCCAGAAUAUGUAAAAGGAUAUCCUCCAAAUUCUCCAUACAUUGGAAGCUCACCAACUCUCUGCCACCUUUUACAAGAGAAGGCUCCAUUUUGCUGUCUGCGUCUAGACAAGGGGUGUCGCCAUAACAGUUUCGAGGACGCCAAGGCGUACGGCUUCAAGAACAAGCUGAUCAUUGUCUCUGCCGAAACGGCAGGAAAUGGCCUGUAUAACUUCAUCGUCCCGCUGCGUGCCUACUAUAGACCCAGGAAGGAGCUCAACCCCAUCGUGCUCCUGCUAGAUAAUCCGCCCGAUAAUCACUUUCUGGAGGCCAUCUGCUGUUUCCCUAUGGUCUACUUUAUGGCCGGCACCAUAGACAAUUUGGAUAAUUUGCUGCAGUGUGGGAUUAUCUAUGCUGAUAAUCUGGUGGUGGUGGAUAAGGAGAGCACCAUGAGUGCAGAGGAAGACUACAUGGCAGAUGCCAAAACUAUAGUUAAUGUUCAAACCAUGUUUAGGUUAUUCCCCAGUCUCAGUAUUAUUACUGAGUUAACUCAUCCCUCUAAUAUGAGGUUCAUGCAGUUUCGAGCCAAAGACUGCUACUCCCUGGCUCUCUCCAAACUAGAGAAGAUAGAGAGAGACAAGGGCUCCAAUCUUGCCUUCAUGUUCCGCCUCCCUUUCGCUGCUGGCAGAGUGUUCAGCAUCAGCAUGCUGGACACUCUGCUCUACCAGUCCUUUGUGAAGGACUACAUGAUCCCUAUUGCAAGACUUCUACUUGGCCUAGACACUACCCCAGGCUCUGGCUACCUCUGUGUUAUGAAGGUAACAGAAGAGGACUUGUGGAUCCGGACCUAUGGAAGACUUUUCCAGAAACUCUGUUCUUCCAGUGCAGAAAUCCCUAUUGGCCUAUAUCGUACAGAAUCCCACAUGUUCUCAUCAUCAGAGUUCAAGGAAGUUUGCAGACAGUCUCAGGUGUCCGUCAACGUGGAGGACUGUGAGGAGGCGCGGGACCGGCGAGAAUCCUGGAAAGAGAAAACCGCCCACAGGAACUCGACAGGCAGCGAUCAGUCAGAGCAUCCACUCUUGCGGAAAAAGAGCAUGCAGUGGGCGCGGCGGCUGAGCCGGAAAAACACGAAGCCCCCUAGCCGCGCCGAACGCAUCAAUCAGCAGCGCCUCAACCUUUAUAGGCGCUCUGAGAGGCAGGAGCUGUCCGAGCUGGUGAAGAACCGCAUGAAGCAUCUGGGUUUGCCCACCAUUGGUUACGAGGACGUAGCUAAUUUAACUGCAAGUGAUGUGAUGAACCGAGUAAAUCUAGGAUAUUUGCAAGAGGGUACCUACAUGACAGAGGGUACAACAGUGGCUCAAACAGAUGAAAUGAAUGAUCAUCAGAACACACUGUCCUACGUGCUGAUCAACCCUCCUCCAGACACUAUUCUUGAGCUCAAUGAUAUUGUGUACAUCAUCCGCUCUGAUCCACUGGCCCACGUACCCGAGGACCUCCCAGGGGGCCAGGCUGGGGCCAGGCUGAGGCAGGACUAUGGUGCAGAAACAAGAGGAGAGACGCAUCUCUGAGGGCUGGAGUUCAGCUCUACUCCCCGCAGGCUGCUUCAGCCCCGGAGCAUGCAUGAAGAGUGCCUCCUGACCCCAGCCCAAACAACCCACCGACUACAUUCAUCCUAUCAUGCUGCCCUCUAUAGGGCCCUCCACAGGGCCGUGACAAUCCCAUCACUUACAGCAUCCAACAUUUCAUACAAAUCCCCAUUUUAUGACCCAUGUGUGGGCGGAAUCUGUUGGCACAUCGUAGCAGAAUUCCAGGGAUGUGGUCAUCGCACUUUUUGUUCUUCAGAUUACAGGAGGUGGGUUGUAACAUACAGAGUCGUUCUGGACCAAAUGCACUGUUCAUGCCCAUUUCUUUCACUGGGCUUUGUAUCAAGGAGAACGGGAUCAUGCCUGACAGUCAGAGAGUGGCACAAGCACUGAUGUGAAAGGAAAUUUCAGAGACAUUCUAAUCACAGUACUUACGACUGAUCCAUUUUGUACAUACAUGUAGGUACAUAUCUGUUUACAUGCUCACUGGUUCUGCAGUAUUCAUAGUAUUAUGUUGUAUUGUUUUGUCAUUGAAGCACAAGCCUUUAGAACUGCCCAAACCCCAGUGAAAUUUAACUCUUUAUUACCAAGAACUGUGUUCAAUUCGUGAAUCAAUAUCAAGUUUUAACUUUUAGUACGAGUUACAUAUCUAAGAUUAUCGAUCCAGUUUGGAUCUUUUAUCUUCACAUUGUACAUUUACAACACUAAUCACCUUUGUAGUGCAUUUUCUGAACCUCAUGCUGAAUGACUUGUUUGUAUGAAGACGCUUCCUGCCACCUCAAAGGACUUGUGACCUGCUAAGAUGGAUUACGCAUAAUGACAGGAUAGAAACUAGUCACAGUAUAUCCCACAGAAGGGCUGCUAAUAGAAGUGUGUACACAUGAACUCAACACAUUUGAUACAAUAGAGAAUAUUUAUAAGCAUAUACACCUACAGUUUAUAGCUUAUGGUUAUGUUUCAGUGCUGUUCUGAAAGCUACUAACAUUAUGUUGUGUUCUCCUUUUUGUAAUAUAGCUUGUGCCAGAUGUUCAUUUUUUAAUCAGCAGAUUAUUUUGCUUUUUCUGCAUACAUUAGGUUACGUUAUCUAAAUGUUCCCCAUUCAAAAACUACAUCUAGAAUUUUGCACUAAGCUCUGUUGGCCCAACAGAGUAACGUAGUAUGGCAUGACCCUUUAACCCUGAACGACAGAGGUGGCAGAAGUGUACACAUAAAAGUUUUAACUUUAAACAUUUCUUGUUAAGUUUAUUUUAAAGUAAUUCUCUUUUUUUUUGCACCACAGUUUAUUUUUUCCACACAUGUUGCAUGAUCUUAAAGCUAUACUGGGAAGGUGGAACAAAACAGGCAGAAUAGAUUGGAAGUUUAAAGAAUUUUCAGGGGAUUUUUUGAUACCUGAUGUCAGAACUGCAGACCUUUUGAAUAUUUUAUUUGUAAUGGGCACUUUGUGAAAGGGCCCAAGUAUGAUUAAUAUAUGUAUUGAAUUUUUCAAACACUUAGCAGCAGUAUGUUCAUUUACAGCCUCUUCAUGAUGCUCCCCAAAGACUACCAUAGUUGUUGUACAGAAAGCAAAGCCUAUGCGGAUCCUCACUCAAUUAACGAUGAACUAUAUCAGUAUAUAUACUGGAAAUCAGGUCCAUCUCAGGUCACUCAGUAGAAGGAGCAGAGCUGGCAGGAGGAAGGACCAAAGAGCUAAUGAUCCAGAAUGGGAGGAAGAAAUGUCACUAUUUCAGAGCCAUCAAAUAAACUCAGCCAUAUAAAGACUAUCUAUUAGCCAUAAUUCUUGACCAGUCAUUUUUGUGUCCUGUUUCAACACAACCACUCAGUGUCCUGUCAGUGUUUUUGGGUGUUGCAAAAACAUCCAAACUCUACUUUCCGGCCCUGCGUUUACACUUUCCCUUGAAUAAAAUGUGACUGACGACAGGAUGGCUAACCCUUCUCGUCCACCGGUUACCUCAAUUGUCUUGCUCAUGCUAUCUUAAAAUGAAUCAAAUGAAAAACAUUAGGUGGACUGCUGAGUUGAUAACAGUAUAUUUUGUUAUCAUUUGUGAAGGAUAUGCAUAUUGUGCAUGUUAAUCUAGUCUAUUGACUUCCUUUUUGAAAGUUACAUGUUCUGUUCCAUUGCCAAACCACUGACCACUACCAACAAAGUGGUACUUUACAAGAUCUGUAGUUUUGUCAGCAUUUCAAUAGAGGUAGAAGACAAAUGGACCGUGCAUGUCCUUAUAUUGCCAAACCUUUGAGAGACCCAUGUUUACAUUUGCUGGCUCCUGUUUUUUUGUGCAGAACGGUGCACUGCAAAGAGGAACUGAUCCAUUUUUUGUACAAUUUCUUAUAUGAAGUCUGUGUACUUCCAAUAUGUACGAAUGAUUCAAUAAAUGCUGCAUGCAGCCAGAAA